AUGACCGGUCCUCGAUCGACACACUCUUUUGAAAAUCUCCCGGCGAACGCUGGGGUUCCCGCUAUCGUCGUUACAUCAAUAGAGGCUUCACCAUGCCCUGCACAGAGGGGUGAAUCCCAAGGCUCGGAGUUGGCUGAUCCCAGCUUCUUAGGGAAGCGGGAACGAGACUGGGUCGAGCGCAUCGAUGAUUCUGGCUUGGGCACUCCGGACAGUGUGACUGUAACCGGGGAUUCUGUACUCUAUGUUGAAUUUACUGCAAACGACUCUCGCGACCCCCAAAACUUCUCUCAAAAGAAGAAAUGGCUCAUCACACUCAUUGCCUGCUUCACAACUUUUGUUUCUUCCUCCACUACUACCGCCUAUAACAUGGGCUUCCCCUCCAUGAUGCGAGACCUCAACGCGACAGACUUUCAAGCCACCGUCGGGCUUGCCGUUUGGUCGCUGGGCUACGCCGUUGUCCCUCUCGUCACGGCACCUUUCAGCGAAGAACUAGGGCGGCGACCGGUCUACAUCGGAAGUAUGCUCGCGUUUUUUCUGUGCUAUAUUCCCAUCGCAUGCGCUACGAACAUUUAUGCGGUCCAAGGUCUGCGUUUCUUGCAAGGUGCCGUAGGAUCUACUGGGGCCAUCAUGGUUGGAGGAACCAUUGCCGACAUUUGGGCCCCCGAAGAUCGUAACCUUCCCAUGUCAUUGUUCAGCUUCAUGGUCAUUGGAAGCAAUGGCCUUGGGGCCCUCUUCGGCGGUUGGAUCGAGUACAACGAGAGUUUGCAAUGGAGGUGGAUUCAAUGGACACUUAUGAUAAUCUGCGGUGUCUGUACCCUGUUGUUACCUCUGAUGGGAGAGACUCGGUCAUCUGUCAUCCUCACUAAAAUCGCCCGUCGACGGAGAAAGGAGACAGGUGAUAAGAGGUACCGUGCCCUUGCUGAGGUCGAGCGAGAAAGUCUUUCGGACAUGAUCAAGAUCUCGUGCACGCGACCUCUCCGACUACUCUUCACCGAACCUAUUGUCGCUGGCUUCAGCAUCUGGGUCGGGUUCGCCUGGGGAGUGCUGUACUGCUUCGUGGAGUCCAUCUCCUCCGUGUUCCAGGACCUUCACCAAUUCCACCUGGGCCAAAUUGGCUCUGUCUUUGCAGCCCUCACAGUUGGGGCAUUGCUCGGAUUUGUCUUGAACGUUUUUGUGCAAGAGAGGCUCUAUCGAAUCCACCACCCGAGACGAGACGUUGAAGCCCGUUUGUUCUCUGCUUGUCUCGCCGGCAUCAUUUUCCCGCUGUCCAUGGUCAUUUACGCCUUGUCUUGCUCAUCGUCUGUACAUUGGAUGGGAUUGGUCGUCGGUAUUUCACUGUUCUCCUGUUCCGCAUACCUGAUCUACGUUGCGUCCUUCACCUACAUUGUUGACUGGUACGUCCUGGCCCGUACUCAUUCCGACCAUCGCGACUGAUGUGCGUUCGGCGUUCUAGCUACGGCCCCUUCGCUUCCUCUGCCCUCGCUGGACAAAGCCUCUUCCGUAAGAGUUGCGUCUUCCGUACACAGCUGCGAUGUCGCUGAAUCACCGUGCAGGCAACAUUCUCGGGACCGUGUUCCCCUUGUUCACCCACCAAAUCUACGCUGCUCUGAACUACAAAUGGGCAAACCUCCUUUGGGCGGCCCUCGCACUCGCACUGAUGCCGAUACCAUUUGUAUGUCUUCCGAAUUCCCAUCACCCUUAAAACCCGUUUGUUGAUUGUUGCAUUUAACCUCGCUCAGAUCCUCUUCAUCUA